AUGAAGGACGGGACAAUGGGGCUGGCGCAAGGGCACCAACCUCAUGUGCGGGACGCGGCUGAACUUCUCCAGAAAGCAUGGGCCAGCGUCACCCCCCAGGAUAUUGCCAGGUGCUUCGUCAAAGCCGAGACGCUUCCAGAGGACAUGGCGGCGGAGCUCACCAAGCAACACGGAAAGACCCGGUUCGACAUCGCCGAGCCUGACCUGAAGGCUCUCACGGAGACUGUCAACACGUUGAGCACGAGCGUGAGCGACGCGCAGAAGCAGGGAUCCGCCGUCGUAGAUGACGAGAUCGCCGAACUGCUGGCAGAACUCAACAUCGAGCCUGGACAGCCGCUCGGGGGGCAAGCGGAGAGCGCAAUUCAGGGAUGGGCUACCAUCGAGGACGAUGCUGAGGUGGUAGAGGCUCUUCGGCUGGACGCGGCGGACGACAUGGCGGCAUUGCUAGCUGGAGCGCGCAUUUCUUCCGGCUGCGAUGAGGAAGAUGAAACGGAAGAUGGCGAUGGCGGUGAGAACUCGGGGCGCGAGCGCCGUGCUCCACCGGCUUAUAGUGAGCUGUCACCUCANCACUCGGGGGGCAAGCGGAGAGCGCAAUUCAGGGAUGGGCUACCAUCGAGGACGAUGCUGAGGUGGUANGACGAAGAAGAAAUUUCUUCCGGCUGCGAUGAGGAAGAUGAAACGGAAGAUGGCGGUGGCGGUGAGAACACGGGGCGCGAGCGCCGUGCUCCACCGGCUUAUAGUGAGCUGUCACCUCACUUCGGCGUCCUGGAAUCGGCAGCAGAUGAGAGUGGCAAUGGAGACGCGGCGUUCCAUCUGCAGAAAGCAAAAAUGGCGAUGAUCGCAGCGCAUGCCGCUAAGCGGGUGCGCCAGGCAGACACGAGAGUGUUUGUCGAGACGUAG